GAGGCGACUCAAAAGUUGGAUUUUACUAAAAAGAGACCUAGUGCAAAAGUAAAGAGGAAAAGAGAAGCGCACCAAGCAAGAAAAGAGGAAAACAGAAAAGCUAAUUUGGUUCGUCUUUUCACUUGUCAGUUUAGGUUCAGGGUAGAGUACUCAGUACUGAUCCUACUGGAUAUAGUGGAUGCCCAACCCAAGCAAUGGUGAGUGGUAUGCUUCCGGUAAGGAGCAUUUCAUGAGUCAUGACCAGAGGGGGAGAAAGCUACCCUUCACGCUUUCACGUGAAGUCAUGACUAGAGAGGGAGAAAGCUAUCCUUCGGCUGGUUCCAAUCCCUCUCCCUGUUAUUGCUCUUUGAGGUUGAAUCUCUGCAAUUUCCUCGUAAGAAUUUCUACGAAGUAGGUUUCAUUUGUCGGUGGAUCUGGAUCUGUAAGUACCGGUGGCCAGGAAUAGAAUCUAAGCGUGAAGGUCGAGUCCCCGUCAAGCCAUGGAUCUCGAUUGUGGCAAGUGUUGGAGUACUUCCAAGAAGGACUCUUGGAAGACAAUUUUGUUGUUAGCUUAUCAAAGUCUUGGUGUGGUCUAUGGGGACCUGAGUAUCUCCCCUCUGUAUGUUUACAAGAGCACGUUUGCAGAAGACAUUCAUCAUUCGGAGACGAAUGAAGAGAUUUUUGGCGUGCUAUCUUUUGUCUUCUGGACUCUAACUCUAGUUCCUCUUUUCAAGUACGUCUUUGUGGUUCUUCGAGCUGAUGACAAUGGAGAGGGUGGAACUUUUGCUCUUUAUUCUUUGAUAUGUAGGCACGCAAAAGUUAGCCUUCUGCCCAACAGGCAGGUUGCAGAUGAAGCACUCUCUACAUAUAAAUUAGAAUCUCCUCCGGAGAAGAAAAACCGCUCAAGGGUGAAAAUUUUGCUUGAGAAGCACAAAUCCCUGCACACUGCUUUGUUAAUAUUAGUUCUGCUUGGUACCUGUAUGGUAAUUGGGGAUGGAUUGCUCACACCAGCCAUUUCUGUUUUCUCAGCAGUUUCAGGCCUUGAGUUAUCAAUGUCCAAGGAACACCACCAGUAUGCAGUGGUUCCGAUCACAUGCUUCAUAUUAGUGUGUCUAUUUGCUCUUCAACACUAUGGCACACAUCGGGUCGGAUUCAUUUUUGCACCAAUUGUGCUAACUUGGCUACUGUGCAUCAGUGCUCUUGGCUUGUACAAUAUAUUCCACUGGAACCCACAUGUUUAUCAGGCUCUUUCUCCAUAUUACAUGUACAAGUUCUUAAAGAAAACAAGGAGAAGUGGCUGGAUGUCUUUGGGUGGAAUCUUAUUGUGCAUAACAGGCUCAGAGGCAAUGUUUGCAGAUCUUGGCCACUUCACUUACACUGCAAUCCAGAUUGCAUUUACAUUCCUGGUUUAUCCUGCACUUAUUUUAGCGUACAUGGGUCAAGCUGCAUAUUUGUCAAAGCAUCAUCACAACAGUUACAAGAUUGGCUUUUACGUCUCUGUUCCAGAAAGUGUGAGGUGGCCAGUGCUUAUAGUAGCAAUUCUUGCUUCUGUGGUGGGAAGCCAAGCGAUCAUCAGUGGAACAUUCUCUAUCAUCAACCAGAGCCAGUCAUUGGGUUGCUUCCCAAGGGUCAAGGUUGUCCAUACCUCUGAAAAGAUACAUGGCCAGAUCUACAUCCCUGAGAUCAACUGGAUGCUCAUGAUCCUCUGUAUUGCUGUGACCAUUGGGUUCAGAGACACGAAGCACAUUGGAAAUGCAUCAGGGCUGGCAGUGAUGACAGUAAUGCUAGUUACCACAUGCCUCACUUCAUUAGUCAUUAUCAUCUGUUGGCAUAAACCACCUAUUUUAGCCCUUGGCUUUCUACUCUUCUUUGGAACAAUUGAAGUCCUCUAUUUCUCAGCUUCACUCAUCAAAUUCCGUGAGGGGGCCUGGCUUCCCAUCCUCCUAGCCCUCUUUCUGAUGACCGUUAUGUUUGUUUGGCAUUAUGCAACCAUCAAGAAAUAUGAGUUUGAUCUCCACAACAAGGUGUCCUUGGAGUGGCUCCUAGCCUUGGGUCCCAGCCUGGGCAUUUCUAGAGUCCCUGGCAUUGGCCUAGUGUACACUGAUCUCACCUCUGGCAUCCCUGCAAACUUCUCCCGCUUCGUCACUAACCUCCCUGCCUUCCAUCGCGUCCUUGUCUUUGUGUGUGUCAAAUCUGUACCUGUACCUUAUGUGCCACCAGCUGAGCGUUAUCUUGUGGGUCGUGUAGGUCCACCAGAUCAUAGGUCCUACAGAUGCAUUGUACGUUAUGGGUACCGAGAUGUUCAUCAAGAUGUAGACUCGUUUGAGUCUGAACUUGUUAAUAGGCUGGCUGAUUUCAUCCGCUAUGAUGGAUACAGGACCAUGGGGGGGACUAAUUCAUGUAUUGAGGAUGAUGGGUCCCGAUCUGGUGAGUCAACAGGGGACUGUAGGCUGACGGUGAUUGGAAUGGUGGCAUUCUCUGGUCCACCAGCUUACGAGAUUGAGGAAAGUUUGCAGCCUGCAAGCGUAUCACUGGGGUUCCAGACAGUGGAGAGUGUAACAGAUGUAAUAGAGAUGGAGCCUAUAGGUGGUGUAGAGAGGAGGGUGAGGUUCGCCAUUGACAGUGAAUCGGAGACUGAUACACGAUCUUACAUGAUGGAUGCUGGUGUAGAGGAAGAGCUGGAAGAGCUUUUGACAGCUCAACAAGCAGGAACAGCGUUCAUCCUUGGACACUCGCAUGUGAGAGCAAAGCAAGGAUCAUCACUGCUGAAGAAAAUAGCGAUUGAUUUUGGGUACAAUUUUCUAAGGAGGAAUUGCCGGGGACCGGAUGUAGCACUGAAGGUGCCACCAGUGUCUCUCCUUGAGGUUGGUAUGGUGUAUGUUGUAUAGCCCCCGACUACAAAGUGUAUCUGGUUUAGCAUGCCAAGUUUCUGUGGUUAGAACCCAACCAACCAGAGCGGUAUAUGUUGUAGAAAAAUGAUACUGAUAAAUUGCCAAGCUUAUGGCAAUAAUAGCAAGGGGCACAGAGCCUCUGGAAUAUUCAUACACAGUUCUUAAUGGUUAACACGUCUGUUGCAACUUGCCAACAUGAUUAUUUAAAUGGAUCCUAACUGGUAUAGGGCA